GGAGGAGGAGAGAGAGCCACACAUACGGCUCACACACACAGAGUUCGCCCUCUCUUACACACAUAUACGCAAACACACACACACAGUUGCACGGAUGCACUUCUCAGUCUGUAGGCUCCUCUGAUCCUCUAAAAGCCUUCACCCCACCACAUGAGCAGGACGCUCUCAACCUGGACAGUCUGCCUGCCUUGACCAGUCUUACACGAGGAGAAAGAUCUCCCUCUCCCAGCUGAGUGGAAUACCCUCAGCAAACGGGGACAAGUGGAAGGAUAGGAACAGCAUUGUGUACAGAAGGGAUUCCUACAAAGCAAAACAUUAAGCGUUGGCCAAGCAGAGAAUUUUGAGUGUCAAGGACUUAUUGGAAGGGCUCCCCACCCCAAGCUUCAACCCCCCUCCCCCCCAAGCAUGAGGAAGCUACAAACACCCAUCUUCAGGGAGGAUGUGAGCCAGCGGUGAUUCAUAAUUCUGGAAAAGUCCGCACCACCAUGAGGGGCCUCUAGGGAGGAGUCUGCGUGGAGCAUCUGGAGAGACGCAGGUUCGGACACGGAGGGAAACUACGCCACGCACCACGACACCGGAGGUUUCCCGGCUGCCCCCAGAUGUAGAAGGUGUAGUCGGCCGUGGGGGCGGAGAGACAGACACAGAAAGAGAGAGAGAGAGUGUAUGUGGUGUGUGUGCGCCCAUCUCAUCCUUUGCCUCAUGAUGAGGGACUUAUUGGCCCGGCCCAUGUCUUGAGGUCAACCCAAUACAGCGACAUAAAGAUAAGGCUGGAUUAGCCAAGCGAACGAGUUUCAAUGCUCCAACCCAUUCUAAAAUGAAGUUAUGGAAAGGUGCCGCCUUGGUCAUCAUGCUCUCCUGUGCAUCUCUGUGCGUCCUCCUCUCUAAGCUCGCAAUGCCAGCCACGCCAGCCAAACAACCCUCCUGGGUGGCACCCCCAAUGCCACCACCUUUAGUCUCAACAUCAUCAUCAUCAACAACAUCAUCUCCCUCACAGUCAUCUUUAUCACCUCUGAGGCCGGAGAGGAUGGGUGGUCUCCGUCGGCGAGCCCGGUCUGCAGACACCAUGGGCUCUCUAUUCUCUGAGUUCACCUACCUUUUCCAGAGCUACACGGAGGGGGAGCUGAAGCAGAUCGUCAGCGCUCUGGUGGGCAGGAAGAGCCGCAGGGACAGCCAGGAGGAGUCAGAGGAGGGCCGCAGUGGCACGUGGAGCACCAGGGACAGACAGGGGCGCAGGACUAAACGUGCUCGCGAGGGCCGGGGGCCGUGCUCACUGCACGAGAAGUACUGGACAGUGAGUGAGCUGGGCCUUGGAUACGAGAGUGACGAGACCGUGGUGUUCCGCUACUGCAGCGGCAAGUGCGUGGCGCGCCGGCGCAACUACGACAUCAUCCUGGAGCACCUGCAUCGGGGCGGGCAGCUGGAUGAGAGCAGCACGUGCCGCGAGAGGAAAGGGAGAGGGAAGAAGAACAAAGCCCGCUACAGCCCCUGCUGCCGGCCCACCCGCUACGAGAAGGACAUCUCCUUCCUGGGCAACAACAACAUCUUCUACACGAUCCCCGACGUGUCUGCCAAGGAGUGUGGCUGCGUAUGACAGCUCUACGGUGGGCUGGUGGUUGGGGGGGGACUGGGGGUGGGGGGUCAAAGAUAUGAUGUGGUUGAGGGGAUGAUGUAUUACAGAUGCCUGACAAAGUGACGUGAUGUGGCCAAUGACCAAAGGGCCAUGGGGUCACGACUGGCCUUAAGAAAGGCAUACCCUUCAUUUAUGUCUCAAGUGUCUUGGUCAGAACCUCCACAAAGACCAGGCAAUAAUGGGAAUCUGGAGACAACCAAAGGCCUUUUGUAGGAAACUUGAAACCACUGUGUACAUUUGACAUUACAAUGAAUCUCAUUACUUAUUCUGGAUGGACCUUGUGUUUUUACCCAACCAGCAAAAAUUCUGGCAAGGAAUGUUGUUUUGAGGAGCUAAAUGCUUAUAAAUGUUAUUUUAAUGCUGAAGUUGUAUGUCUGUGGAUAUCUACCUCACAUUUUGAUGUACCUUUUUUCGUUUUUCCUGGACUGAACAUCCAAUCAAUUCAGUGACUACACAAUCAUCUCCUUGUACUUGAGCAUUCAGUGACAUGAAUUAGUAUAGCUUUUUUUGUUCUUUCAUACUUUCUCACAUCUUUCAGGUCAGACUGCACAAAUAGGUCUCAAAUACUGACAGCCAUAUUCUAAAUCUCUGUUGCUUCAAAAGCCUUGCCAAAAAAACAUGUUAAGUCAGAUUCAAGCCCAUAUUUUUCUUAACAGAGUUAAUUCUCACCCAAAUUCCAAACUUGCCUCCAACAAACCUUUUAAACCACAAAAGUAUAUUGUUCUUCUGCCAACACAGAAGACAAUGCUAGCUCCCCCACAUUCCACUCACAGCCCAGUGAACACAAACCCGUUACAGUGCACACAGUACACCCUGAGGCUAUCUGAGACAGGCAGUUCAGACAUUACAAUCACCUGUCAAAGCAGAUCUGUAUUGCUCACCGGUGCGUUUUCCGAAAGUGUUGUUGAACAACUACCAUAGCUAAAUGGUAGACGGCUACCACGAUGGUUGCUCAACGAUGCUUUCAGGAAACGCAGUCCAGGUUUUAACGCAGAGGGGCAAACACUGUCCUUCAUAACAUUACUAUAUCUUCCCUCCUGUUAAACUUAAAAUGAAGACAUCGAGAGGCACUCAACAAACCAAAUAAAUGUAUUUAAGAAAAGCAUUUAUGAUUGACAUACGUAAUGUGACAGCUGCUGCUGUGACACACUGGGUCUUUAUGCAAGUGCCACUGCCCUAACGUGCAGGUAAAGAGCUUGCAGCUCCCUGUUCCACAGUGUGGCAAGUCAAAUAAAACCAUUAACUUACAGUUUAAUAAAGAAUAGACCACAACAUGAUUGGACCAAUGCCUGGAUCCAUCACAGCUGAAAAAGGGCCAGUGUCUUUACUAAUGUGCUUAACUAGACGGGAGCACUAGAGUGGUUUCUUACAGGCUUAAGUUACACAAAUCAUCAAAGUAAGACCCUUUCUGCACUGCACCUUGUACAUUGAUCACAUUGUACAGACUGUUCCGGAUACAAGUAAAAUCCAAAAUGCCUACUUCUGUAAAACCCAUUUCACAUGAAAUUUUUGCAAAAAAGUAUUCCCUUAAUUGUUCAUUUUACUGAUGCUUUAAGUUGGUUUUGUUUUGUGUUAGAGAAGAUAUUUGUGUCUGGGAUUGUGGAUUAAUUUCUGAAAAGGGUAUUUCUGUUUUACCCCAGUUAAGCAUGGCAAAUGAAAAGAUUUAAUGAAAAAACAACACUGCACUUGCACAACUACAGAAAGCAGUAGCCUAAAGGCUUUAGCCUCCUGGUGUAUCUAUAGUUAGGACUAGCGUAAAUGAAAAUGAUUUGGAUGUCCGCUCCAUCUUUGUUCAUGUAACCAAAAGGAAUGGUAUCAUGGCAGGAAGUAUUAGGUUUAUUAUUUUUGAUUUUUUUUUUUUAGAUUCUUCCACCUUGGCUUUUCAGCAACAGUUACUACCAGCUCUGACAUUGUUGGGUUGAUCCAACCAACGGCAGUUAAGUUGAUGCAGUGCAUCUUUGUUGUGAAUAAUCAAUAUUUAUUGGAAAGUGGUUUGCUUAUUUAUUUUAGAGUAUGUGUUAGAGUGGGAGAAAAAGACUUAUUUAUUUUUAAAGGAUGUGCCAAAAACGACUUUGUAUUAAAAAUCUGAUAUUCUUUAAAGGACUGCUGAAUAAACUUAACCAGCUUAAAAAAAAA